ACUUCUCUAUUCUAAAAUUCAUCAAAAACACACACAUAAAACUUCUCCCUUCUCUUUCUUCCUCGUAUUCUUCUUUCUCUCUUCCUCUCUCCCUCUCUAGCUAAAAUGGCAAGCACCGGAGCCAAAUUUAUUGUGACCCUAAUCCUAGCAUCGGUCAUGGUCAUGACGCCAUGCUCAGCAACCGUGUAUACCGUCGGAGACACAUCGGGUUGGGCACUUGGUUCGGACUAUAGCACCUGGACCAGUGGCAAAACUUUCAAGGUCGGAGAUAGCUUGGUGUUCAACUAUGGAAGUGGGCAUACAGUGGAUGAAGUGAGCGCCAGCGACUACAGCACAUGCACCACGGGCAAUUCAAUCACUUCGGAUAGCAGCGGAGCCACCACCAUCGCUCUGAAGACGGCCGGCAAGCAUUACUUUAUCUGCGGCGUGGCGGGCCACUGUGGCAGUGGCAUGAAGGUCCAAGUCACGGUGGCUGCUGGAUCAUCUGAAGGAUCAUCACCAACCACCACUCCUUCGGGCUCGGGUUCUGGUUCGGGUUCAGGCUCCUCUACACCUGCUGCUACUAACACCCCUGCCGUUAAAACGCCAUCGUCUACCAGUUCUGAAUCAUCUUCAGGGACUAGUGUGUCUGUUUUUGUGUCUUCCUUGUUGGUUGCUUGGGUUGCUUUGUAUGUGUCUGUUGUUUGUUAAGUAAUUUUGGCCACUUUUUGGCCAGGAUAGAGGCAGUGCUUUCGUUUGCUUUCUCUCUUUUGUAUUUCGAAUUUCUAAUCUCAUAUAUGAGUAGGUUUCUAUUUUUUUAUUAUUAUUA